AUGCUUACGCUCAACACCAAGACAGUUUUCGCUCUUGCAGUGUUGCUUAGAGUGGUAUUCUUUUUCUAUGGUCUUUAUCAAGAUGAAUACUUACCAGUCAAGUAUACAGACAUAGACUACUUGGUGUUUUCAGAUGCCUCAAAAUAUGUGUACUACGGAUUGAGCCCCUACAAAAGAGAAACUUACAGAUACACCCCUCUAUUGUCAUGGAUGUUGAUUCCAAAUGCAUGGGGCGGAGUCUGGUACCAUUUCGGGAAGGUGUUGUUCAUGGUGUGUGAUUUAAUCACUGGAUGGAUCAUUACCAGAUUGUUACAAAACAUCCAUAUCAAAGGAGCUCCAUUGAGUUCGAACAGGGUGUCCAUAUUAUCGUCGUUGUGGCUCUUGAACCCUAUGGUUAUUACCAUCAGCACCAGAGGAUCGUCAGAGAGUGUUCUUACCGUGAUGAUCAUGGCGUCGUUGUACUUUUUAAUAGUCAAGAAGUCUAUCACAACAUCUGCACUUUUAUUGGGAUUGUCUAUUCAUUUCAAGAUAUAUCCGAUCAUAUACUUGUCCAGUAUCAUGUAUUACCUUGCAAAUGGGGCUCAUAUCAUUAAUUUGCCUGUUAUCAGAUGGAUCAACGUCACAAACCUCAAGUACUUGAUUGUCACUUGUCUCAGUGUGAGUGCAUUGAACUGGCUAAUGUACAAAAUUUAUGAUUUUGAGUUCAUGUACCAUUCAUACCUCUACCAUUUGACAAGACUUGACCACAGACACAACUUUUCCAUCUACAAUAUUGCCCUUUACUAUAAGUCUGCCUUGACGGAAAAUACUCAAAACAUAGAAAACUUUGCAUUCAUACCCCAAAUCAUGUUGUCAGCAGUGCUCAUUCCCCUUGUUUUCGCAGACAGAGAUUUAAUAUCAAGUUUGUUUCUUCAAACAUUUGCAUUUGUCACGUUCAAUAAAGUUAUGACCUCACAGUAUUUCUUAUGGUUUUUAAUCUUUUUGCCCCACUAUCUUUCCCGUUCCCGGUACUUAACCAGACAGUAUAUGUGGAGAGGAGUGGUAAUGGUGUUGGCGUGGGUUAUUUCACAAGCUGCUUGGUUGGGCUGCGCCUACAAUUUGGAAUUUUUGGGGAUUAAUGCAUUCUCUGAACUUCUCUAUGCAUCAAUUGGGUUCUUUUUAGUUAACUGCUGGUUGUUAGCCCAGUUCUUUCAAGAUUUGAGCUAG